AUGGACCUUGAUCAAGUCUCUCCGUUUGCUUUGUGGCUGUCAUCGGUAAUAUACUCGAACCCGUGGGAACAGAAAUAUUACUCUUGCACAUUUCAACGGACAAUCCCAUCACACCCUACUUGUCUAGGUCGUCUAGGGAUGAGCUACGACAACAGUUUGACAACAGGGAAAGCGAUGGAAAGCCAGCAACUUUUUCUCGUAGCGGUUUCCCGCGUCGGUAGCGAUACGGACAAGUUCCAGGAGAGAAUGCUGGAGCCUCGCAGGUAUGCCCCAAUCAACGACUACGGGGUAGACAGAACUCGAUAUGAUGCGCGUAUCUUAAUAUAUGUACAACCCAGUAAUUUACAACAUCAAAAUCGUUGA